GCUGAGUCGCCUUUCGCGCCUUUUGCUUACAUUUUCAUUGUCACACAUCGCUGAAAACUUAAACCUAGCUUAGAUUGAAAUAAAUCCUCAUUGCAUACUAAGUGAUCAAUAAGAUCAAUAAACUUAACAAAGCUUAACAAAUGGCUGCCGUACGCCGCUCCACGCGCUUGAGUAGCAUUAGCAAGUCUGCCGUAGCAGCAACUGCGACGGCAGCGCUGCCACAGUCGUCGUUGCCCUCAACGCCACGACGCUCAGAAAUUUGGCGCUUGAGGCAGACGAAACGGAUCGAAGACAGCGACGACGAAGAUCAGGAUGAUACUAUUAGUGUAAUUUCAGAGAAUAACGAAAACAGCAACCUGUUGAAUCAAAUGGACAAAGCGGGCAAACGUAAGACAGCCACUGCGGCAAAAAUCAAAGAAGCGCAACUAAAGACGCCACGCAGCAAUAAGAAAACGACGACAAAAACUUCGGUUGCAGCUUUGACGAGCAGAGCCAAACAGAUUGAGGCUAAUAUACGUGCUACAAAAUUGAUGGAUGAAAGCAGCAGUAGCAGUAGCAGCGAAGAGGAUGAGCAAGAUGAUACUGCACAUGUGUCGCCGCCAAAGCAGCGGAAGACGCAUCCGUUGCCACAACAUUUGAUCAGCCCAUCGCGACUGCUGGACAGACUGAGCAUAGAUGAGCGCGUUGAGGAGGUAGAGAAAGUGGACAAGGAACAAACAAGCAAGACUGAAACGGAAUCCAAAGAGGCAGAGAAGGAGGCGAAGCCAUCACCUCCACGUAACAAGUAUCAGAAUGCGCGCCGGGUGCUAAACAGCGCGGAGACUCUCAAUCUGCCUGGAAGAGAGCCACAACUGCAGGAGCUCCGGGAGUUUUUCACGUCUCACCUAGAGUCGCAGACCUCGGGUAGUCUCUAUGUCUCGGGCCAGCCAGGCACGGGCAAGACAGCCUGUCUCUCGCUGCUUUUGAGAGCGCCCGAGUUCGCCCAGAGAUUGCAACGUGUCUACAUCAACUGCACGAGCAUUGCCAGCGUGGGUGCUGUCUAUAAGAAGCUGUGCACAGAGCUGCAGCUGAAGCCAGCGGGGCGUACUGAGCGAGACCAUCUGGCGGCCAUCCAACGUCAUCUACGCACAGCCAAACGUAUGUUGCUCUUGGUGCUGGAUGAGAUCGAUCAGCUGUGCACAUCAAGACAGGAGGUUUUAUAUACGAUCUUCGAGUGGCCCGCUAUGCCAGGUGCUCGCAUCUUGCUCGUUGGCAUUGCCAACAGCUUGGAUCUCACAGAUCGUGCGCUGAUGCGUUUGAAUGCGCGCUGCGAACUGAAACCAAGACUGAUGCACUUCCCACCCUAUACCAAACCACAGAUUGUAGAAAUCUUUAAGUCCCGUCUAGCCGAAGCUGAAGUCUUGGACGUCUUUCCACCUGUGACGCUACAGUUGCUCGCGGCGAAGGUGAGCGCUAUUAGUGGCGAUGUGAGACGCGCUUUGGACAUUGGCCGACGCGUUGUGGAGAUUGCCGAGCAGCAGAAGAGGGCGGGCGAAAAGGAGUUCAACAUGAAGGCGCUUGAGCUGGACGGGAACAGCGCACAGGUUGAAGACACCCUCAAGCCCGUACAAGUGAGUCAAGUGGCUGCUGUGCUCAACAAGGUCUACGGCGCCUCACAGAAUCUAGAGGAGGAUAUCGAAGCUGCCUUUCCACUGCAACAGAAGCUAAUGCUCUGCUCUCUCGUGCUAAUGCUGCGCAAUGAGCGCAACAAAGACAUCAGCAUGGGACGCCUGCAUGAGGUGUAUAGAAGGGUGUGCGCGAAGAGGAACAUACUCGCACUCGAUCAGGCAGAGUUUGCUGGCACUGUGGAUCUGGUGGAGACGAGAGGCAUUCUGCGUAUUAUGCGCAAGAAGGAACCACGACUCAACAAAGUGGUGCUGCAGUGGGAUGAGGAGGAGGUGCACGCAGCACUGAGUGACAAACAGUUGAUUGCUUCCAUCCUCAGCGACACGGCCUGCCUGGCCAAGUGACGGAUCAUGAUCUUCAUCAUAAUAGAUUACCUUUAAGAAAAUUAGCUUUUAGCCCAUUUCACUGCUGCCGUUUUUAUUUAAUUGCGCAUUUCUCACAAUUUAUUCAUUCACCUUGGCCACAAAAAAGAAUCGAACAAUUUUUGAGAGGAAUACAAAAAUAAAUUAGAAUUUCUGUUCAUGCUAAAUUUAAAAUUGUGUUGCUAGCGCAAGCACGAAGAAUAUUUCGAAAUAUACAUUUGAGGGUCACUUUCGAAUGUUUUUAA